AUGCUGGAGCCGCUGAGUGCCGCGGAUAUCGCAUCGGGUUUGCGGCCGGCGAGGGACUCGCUGGUGGAUUUAUGUGUCGUUGCUAAUGCGGGGACGGAUCGCUGGCCCGGUCGGAAAGAAGAGAGGUUGGAUUUGAGGGAUUUUGGGAGGCUGAAGGUGCUGAGGGUGGCGAGUGAGUUGGUUUUUGGUGUGAAUGGACCGCAUCGAGAGCGUAAGGGGCUUUAUGGGCUUUUGCCGUCUUCUUUGGAGGUUUUGGGUGUAAAUAUUGCGUUUACUUGUCUCAAUAGUCUUUCCCUUGCCGAAGGAUAUCUCGACUUCGGCUUCGAUUCCAGAAUCCUCGGCAGCGAAGAAGAAGAAGAAGAGGAAGAACAAAAACAACUAACACCCACUUUCGAUGAAACUCAGCACCAGCAGCAUCUAGAAACGGAGAAAAGGCAGUACGCAUGGCUGCAGGAGCUCGCCGAGCACGCCGCGGCCUCUCUCCCCAAGCUAAGAAAAGUGACACUGAACGAACGUUGGAAACACCCGCAGGGUUUCGCACACGUGCCGUUCCGGUGGGUGCUACCGAUGCAUCUGGAUGAGUUGUUCGAGAAGAGUGGCGUCGAGGUGGAGGUUUGGAUGAGGAGGCCGAGGGAUUAUGGGAAUUUUGACGAGCGGUAG